AUGCCCUAUUUGGGCAUUUUAGGCGAUACGCGCAUCGCUGUUUUGAUCCACCAGCCCCAUAUGGCUCGUGUUCUGGCAUCGCGUGGACACUACGAGACUAAGAGAGAGGAUGCUAAAAAUGACUGCCGAUCUGAAGGAGAGAAUAAAUGCUAUGGAGGGUCCGUUAAUGUUGGCCGCAACCAAAGUGCUGCCAAGGCUGUUUUUGGGGAUACUACCAGUUGUGAACAUUUCGAUGCUUCUGGUCUGCCCAACUACACCAAGGUUUCCUGA